CGAGACGCUUCAACAAGAUGCUAUACACCGCGGGAAUACGGAGCAUUGUGACUUUAUCGCCGAGUCGAUUGCUAGUUCCUGUAGCAGGUGCGACGCAAGUGCGAUGCUUCAGCGAUCCCGAUGGCCCGAAACAACGCGUUGUAAAAGCGAAAAAGAAGAAAAAGGGCACUGGCCAACAAACGGAAUCGGCCCGCAGUCGAGAGUUGGACCUUGUGCUUGCAGCCCUUGAUGCACCUUCUAGUAAAGAGCCUCCUAUAGAUGAUGCAGAAAAAGCGCGGCGCUACCAGAUUGGGCGAAACUAUGUGAUAGGAAGCUUUGAGCGGCAUAACGAGAUUGACCACGAUUUGACGUGCAAAAUUCACAUUAAGCAGCACGCCCUCAAUAUGCUGCCUAAGGGCACCAAGCUUCGAGAGGAAGCAUUGAAAACUGAUACUAAGAGCCCUCCUCUGUGGCGAAAUUUGCCAGUGUGGACCCCGCCGAUUCCAGGUUUCGAUCCUUCGCAAUUUGUGGAUCGUGAAGAGUAAGCGAUUCUCUUCGAUUUCGGUUCUUCCAAUCCUUAUGCUUUCACAAAAUAUAAGAGUAAAGCCAAGUCUUCACAGUUCUCUGCACUAGAUACAUUUUAAACAUAGGAUAAGAGCUAGCUG